CCGAUGAGAAUUGAACGGUCUUGUUUUCAUGUUCGUAUUAAACAUGGCGGAGAAUGAGCAGCCGUCAGGCUCCUCUCAUGAGGAUGACAAGUCUCCCAGUCAUGUCAGCUACAACUUUAUGGUGCCAAAGAAGGAAAUCAGUAUGGUCCCUCAUAUGGGGAAAUGGAAAAGAUCACAGUAGGCAUAUGCAGACUACAUGGGAUUCAUUCUAACCCUGAAUGAAGGUGUGAAGAGAAAGAAACUUACCUGUGAAUACCCGAUGUCUGAGACAGUGGAGAAGUUACUCAAUAUGUUGGGAACAUUGGAUCGCUGGAUCGAUGAGACGCCACCGGUUGACCAACCUGCUCGCUUUGGCAAUAAAGCUUAUCGUACUUGGUAUGCUAAACUAGAGCAGGAGGCGGAGUCUCUUGUCACUGCUGUUCUCCCAUCGGACCGUCAAGAUGCGGCUCCAGAGAUAGCCGUGUACCUGAAGGAGUCUGUAGGCAACUCUACCCGGAUUGAUUAUGGCACAGGUCACGAGGCCGCAUUUGCUGCUUUCCUGUGCUGUCUUUGUAAGGUGGAAGCUUUGCACCCGGACGACCAGCUUGCCAUCGUAUUUAAAGUGUUUGACAAGUAUCUAUGUGUGAUGCGCAAACUCCAGAAAACAUAUAGGAUGGAGCCAGCUGGAAGCCAAGGUGUAUGGGGUCUUGACGACUUCCAGUUUCUUCCCUUCAUAUGGGGAAGCUCACAGCUUAUAGACCACCCAACCUUGGAGCCCAGGCACUUUGUGGAUGAGAAAGUUGUAAACGAGUACCACCAGGACAACAUGUUUCUGGAGUGCGUUAAAUUCAUCAAUGAGAUGAAAACAGGCCCUUUUGCUGAACACUCUAACCAGCUUUGGAACAUCAGCGAUGUUCCUUCCUGGUCCAAAGUCAAUCAAGGUCUCAUAAAAAUGUACAAGGCAGAAUGUCUAGAAAAAUUCCCAGUCAUCCAGCAUUUCAAGUUUGGCAGCCUGCUUUCCAUCCAGCCAGUCAAACCGUGAGAGACAAGAAGAAUACACACGUUGUCAGUGAGCACCACCAAAACUCCCAGCUUCAUAUGAAAACUCUUCAAUCCAACUCAACUCCUAUUUACAAACCGUAAUGCAUCUUCUACACCAGAUGUACUUAGUUUUGCUCCUGAAGAUCUACUUUUCUCUAUAGUUCAAUUCCAACCCUACUUUUAAUACACCUUAACUAUGAUAUUGGUGUGUAACUGGAGACCUUGAUUAACCAGUUCAGGAGUGGUUGAGUUGAACUAAUGUUUGCAGGUUCUAGUCUUCAGGUUCAAGAUGGAACUGCUCCGUUCCACAGUUUCUACUAGAAAUAUGACGUAGACCCCAGCUCUGAUGGCGAUACCGCGCAAAUCCUUAUUGAUGCAAAUUGUUUGUAUAGCUUCAUUGGAACUGUUUCUUGCAAGCAGGAAGUCAAACUGCUCCUGAUGCAGUCAUGCACCAACAUUUUCAUCUGGAUUGACAUUUAUAAUUAUGUAUGUGUAUAUAAAUAACAGAACUUGUCACAAUGAAUGGCUUAAGGCUUGGUUUUGGUUUAUUGUGCAGGAUUCCAUUUUCUGCAACAACUGAACAAAGAUGUGUGUCUCAGA